AUGCACAUAUGCCUUUGGCUUUUUAUAUGCGCACCAAUUUUGAUUUCGAUCUAUGGCGAUACAACUGAACGUAAUGAUGAUUACAAGUGUAUACUGCCGGAGCUCACGCUAGACGACUUGAAUUUAGAUAUGAAAAAAUUUUUGGAAAAUUUCGCAAAAGUUAAAGAGAUAAAAUUUCCAAUAUCGUUUGGACCUCUGCCGGAAAAAUAUAUUUGUAAAUUGAAAUGUGUGGAUGGGUAUUGGGUGGGCCCUUUGUGUUCGAGUUCACCAGAUGGCAGAUUUAAGACUCUCCUGAAAGAAUGCACAUACAAUAAUGAUUUUCCUCUAUUAUCAGUUUCGUAUAAAAAUUCUUCUAUUGAGAAUGAUACAAAUUUUCCUCAUAACACAACUAUUACUGCAAGGUGCAAAUACUUCGGUAUGUAUAAACUAAAAGGGGAGAACGAAAUACGCUGUGAAAAUGGCGAGUGGGAUCCGAAGUUUCCUGAAUGCGUACCAACCACAGUCAUAACAAAUUUCACAGGCGAUGCUCCACCGACAGUGAGGUAUGAGGUAGCAAGUGGUUCCGCUAUUGUACAACCUACUGGUGAAGUCUUUGUUUACCCUGAGAGCACCAUAUGGCUUGAUUGUAUGUCACUGAGAACGGCUGGCGAACCAGAAUGGACAUGGACUCAUAGUAUGGAGAACUAUAAAACAGGAUGGGCCAAUGAACUAGACAAUAUAUUCCGUAUUACUUUGCCUAAGCUUGGCGCUCGUUUUGCUGAAACAUUUACCUGCGCUACACCAGCUGGAACAACAAACAAGAUAUCUAUCAGAGUUGUUAGUGUUAGUUGCAAUCCUCUUGCAACAUCGUCACCUCCAUUGAGACUGUAUACUACGGGUCAUAAGCUAGGCAAUACUGCUCAUUUUAGUUGUGAACCUGGCUACCAUCUCAGUGGAUCGCCCCAACUCUAUUGUAUGGGAAACGGUCAUUGGUCUUCUUUACCACCCACUUGUGAAGAGACUUUCUGUCCAUUCUUCACGUCUCUCAAUCCUCACUUAAGUAUCAUUGAACACAAUUCUUCCUUCGGAGGAAGGGCUGUGUUCACUUGUUCCUGGGGAUACCGACUCGUUGGAGCUCCAGGAUUAGAAUGUGAGAAUGACGGCCAAUGGUCCGGGGAAAUGCCACAAUGCAUACCGAUAUACUGCCCUGAUCCUAUCAUACCGGAACAUGGACAACUUUUGACGAAAACUACAUCAAAAGACGGAAAAUAUCCCGUGGGUGACCUCUUAAUCUAUACCUGUGAUACUGGUUAUCAAGUUUUAGGAGAAGCCUCCAUCGUGUGCACAGAGAAUGGCUUUUGGUCACACCCACCGCCGUUUUGCGUACCGCCCGCGGAAAUAAAAAAUCCAGAUACCAUUUAUAUAGAAAAUACCACUUUAGUUCACGUUGACAAUGGCUAUUGA